GAAAAAGUUCAGGUGCAACUUUGCCCAGCGCAUCCACCAUUGCCCAUCCCGACGCGGCGACGACGAGAAACCUGCGAGCCCCGGCGAACGAACACUUGCGACAUCGCGUAGAUCAGCCGUUUCUUCCUUUUCAAUUCAGUCGACAUCCCAUUCCAGCUGUCAAGAUGUUCGCCCUCUCCGAGGAGUCCAAGGAGCGCAUUGGCAAGAUCAUUGAGAUCUCCCGCAUUGCCAUUCACUACGGAUACCUCCCUCUUGUCCUCUACCUCGGCUACACCCGCAGCGAGCCCCGCCCGUCUGUCAUCCGCCUCCUUUCCCCUCUCUCUUAGACGACAGGCGCCUUCGGCAUCGACUUCAUGUACACUAUUCAGGCUUCCGACGCAGAACAGGCAGGCCGGCAUUUUCAGGGUUGACGCGAUGGAUCGAUCCCCGGCGUGGGCGGUUGGUGACUUCGGGCCGUGGCCUCGGCGAACUGUACAACUACCUAUGUAAUCAAAUGAACCCUCUCUGACGACACUCCUCUCGCAUGUUAUGAGACACAGACGGCAAGCUCACAGAUGGGCGCCGAUGUUGCACACACGUAGAGAUACCACAUGCGAUUUUGGGCCACCAGGUGGUUGUUGGGUAUAUCUGAGACGUCGGCUUUUGUAAAGGCUAUCUGUGGGGGGACAAUCAUCUGGAACAGGCUAGAUUUACGGAAACCAAUGACAGAUAUGAAUUAAUCACGAUCAGUCAAUGAAAUUGGGAAUCGUAUCGAGCCCAUUAGCUCCGAC